CGCUUGGGCCCGCCCGCCGGGGAGGGGCUCCCGGCCUGGCCGACAGCGUCUUCCUGCUUGGCGCACAGCCCCGCCGUGAGUCCGCCCGUGCACGCCGGCCCGCCAGCUGUCUGCCCGCUCGCACGCCGCCCUUCGCCGCAGUCCGUGCCCAGCCUCGCCCGCACUCCCUCCCUACCUUCAGCCCACGCCCGGCACCGGCCAUGCUGUCCUUCCAGUACCCGGACGUGUACCGCGACGAGACCUCCGUACAGGAUUAUCAUGGACAUAAGAUUUGUGAUCCGUAUGCUUGGCUUGAAGACCCAGACAGCGAGCAGACAAAGGCUUUUGUGGAGGCACAAAACAAGAUUACAGUGCCAUUUCUUGAGCAGUGUCCAAUCAGAGGUUUAUACAAGGAGAGAAUGACUGAGCUGUACGACUACCCCAAGUACAGCUGCCACUUCAAGAAAGGAAAGCGGUAUUUUUAUUUUUACAAUACAGGUUUGCAGAACCAACGUGUAUUAUAUGUGCAAGACUCCUUAGAAGGGGAAGCCAGAGUAUUCCUGGACCCCAACACUCUGUCGGAUGAUGGCACGGUAGCACUCAGAGGUUAUGCCUUCAGUGAAGAUGGUGAAUACUUUGCCUAUGGUCUGAGCGCCAGCGGCUCAGACUGGGUGACAAUCAAGUUCAUGAAGGUCGACGGUGCCAAAGAGCUUCCCGAUGUGCUCGAGAGGGUCAAGUUCACGUGUAUGGCCUGGACGCAUGAUGGGAAGGGAAUGUUCUACAACUCAUACCCGCAGCAGGACGGGAAGAGCGAUGGCACAGAGACGUCCACCAAUCUCCACCAGAAGCUCUGCUACCACAUCCUGGGGACUGAUCAGUCGGAAGACAUUUUGUGUGCUGAGUUCCCGGAUGAACCUAAAUGGAUGGGAGGAGCUGAGCUAUCCGACGAUGGCCGAUAUGUCUUAUUAUCGAUCUGGGAGGGAUGUGAUCCAGUAAAUCGACUGUGGUACUGUGACCUCCAGCAGGAAUCCAAUGGUAUCACCGGAAUCCUGAAGUGGGUAAAACUGAUAGACAACUUUGAAGGAGAAUAUGAUUACGUAACCAACGAGGGCACAGUGUUCACAUUCAAGACGAACCGCAAUUCUCCCAAUUAUCGGUUGAUCAACAUCGACUUCUCGGACCCUGACGAGUCCAAGUGGAAAGUGCUCGUUCCAGAGCACGAGAAAGAUGUCUUAGAGUGGGUGGCUUGUGUCAGGUCCAACUUCCUGGUCUUGUGCUACCUCCAUGAUGUGAAGAACAUUCUGCAGCUUCACGACCUGACGACUGGUGCUCUCCUCAAGACCUUCCCGCUGGACGUGGGCAGUGUGGUGGGGUACAGUGGACGCAAGAAGGACUCUGAGAUCUUCUACCAGUUCACAUCCUUCUUAUCUCCAGGUGUCAUUUACCACUGCGAUCUUACCAAAGAGGAACUGGAGCCCAUGGUUUUCCGAGAGGUGACGGUGAAGGGGAUCGAUGCUUCCGAUUACCAGACGAUCCAGGUUUUCUAUCCUAGCAAGGAUGGCACAAAGAUUCCAAUGUUUAUUGUGCAUAAAAAAGGCAUAAAGCUGGAUGGCUCACACCCUGCUUUCUUGUAUGGCUACGGGGGGUUCAACAUCUCCAUCACACCCAACUACAGCGUGUCCAGGCUCAUUUUUGUGAGACAUAUGGGCGGUGUCCUCGCGGUGGCCAACAUCAGAGGUGGUGGUGAAUAUGGAGAGACGUGGCAUAAAGGUGGUAUCUUGGCCAACAAGCAAAACUGCUUUGAUGACUUCCAGUGUGCCGCUGAGUACCUCAUCAAGGAAGGUUACACAUCUCCCAAGAGACUCACCAUCAACGGAGGCUCCAACGGCGGACUGUUAGUGGCUGCCUGUGCAAAUCAGCGUCCAGACCUCUUCGGCUGUGUUAUUGCCCAGGUUGGAGUGAUGGACAUGUUGAAGUUCCACAAAUUUACUAUUGGUCACGCCUGGACCACUGAUUACGGGUGCUCCGACAGUAAAGAACACUUUGAAUGGCUUCUCAGGUACUCCCCACUGCACAACGUGAAGCUUCCAGAUGCAGAUGACAUCCAGUACCCAUCCAUGCUUCUCCUCACGGCCGACCACGACGACCGCGUGGUCCCGCUGCACUCGCUCAAGUUCAUUGCCACCCUUCAGUACAUCGUGGGCCGCAGCGGGAAGCAGAGCAACCCCCUGCUCAUCCACGUGGACACCAAGGCUGGCCACGGCGCCGGGAAACCCACCGCCAAAGUGAUAGAAGAGGUCUCCGAUAUGUUUGCGUUCAUAGCACGGUGCCUGAACAUCGAGUGGAUCCAGUAAAAGGGAUUUCCAGCUCCUCCCGCCUGACACAGAACACCUCAAGGGCUUUCUCACCAUCCUGACUGAGAAACCACUGGGCAGAACGGUGCCCCACGUGAGCACUGUGCCUCCGCUCACAGACAGCAAACGCUGAGCAGACCUGCCACAGGAUUUUAUCUUUUCUAGGCUUCUCCUUUCUAGCAAGCCCUUGAUGUUUUGUUGGUUUGUUUGGUUUUUUUUUUUCCCACUCUCUCCAGGCACAUAUAUUAAAAGGGGGGAGGGGCAUGUUUAUAGGAAACUAAAUGGCACUGACCGUGUUGUGAGUAUUAGACCCCUGAAUUCGUAAGGGAUCUAAGUAAGAGUCAUAGUUGGACAUACACCUAUAUAAUAGCUCAAUGAAGUUACUUCUCUAACCAUAGCAUAUAACCUUGAGUAAAUGGGAGACCUCAAGGGAGACUCCACUGCAAUUCUAAUAAAUGCUAUUUAAGAAUGGGAGGCUUUAGCUUUGGUUCCUUUGAGAGGCAGCCCUCAAAAUGCAGAUGACUAUCAGAAUAAAGAAUAUAGCCUUUAUGCAGCAGGUUAGUUUCCAACAGUUAGAAUCUUGGUACCACAGAAAAGAGGCUGAGUCUACCUACCUCGUCUCGCUCAAUGGAUGCAGUUGUGGGAGAAGCCUUGCCAUCACCACUGUUGCCCACCCAGGUAAAGAUAUGAUUGGGCUCUUCCGGUUUGGACGUCUCUUACUGCAAGUGUCUGGACUGGGAUUGGAGAGAUGGGUUUGGGGCUGAGGGAGCUUGCUCUGCAAGCCCGAGGACUGCUGAGCUUGAAUGAUAGCACAUGUAUAAAAUGCUGGGCACAGGCUACAUGUGCUUGUAACUCCCUGUAGUGGGGGCAGCAAUAGGCCGAUCCCGAGCACUCAGUGGUCAACCAGGUUAGCCAAAAAUGGUGAGCUUCUGGUUCAUUGAGAGUCAGUGUCUCGAGGCAAUAAGGUGGGUGGGGACAGAGAAAGACAUCAGACAGCCUCAGGUCUCCAUGCACACGUGCACACAUGUGCUUGCACCAUGCACAGAAACCACAUACAGACACAAAAACUAUGGAGUGGGAAAUUUAAGACUAUUCACCUGUUUGCCCGUGUAUUAGUAGCUUGGAUACAGAGUAUUUGUGGAAAUGAGUCAAGCACAAGUCAAUUGUCCAAAUCGAGAGAGGCAUUCGCCCAAUCUCCCUGUGUAACCUGGAACCUGCAGCAUUUCUCAAGCUGUGUCCCUCCCGGGUUACUUUCCAGCAAUGCUGUGUGGAAGUCAGGUUUCCAUUUGCUCUACCCCAGCCCAGUAGUUUUUGAGGGAACAAUAUAAAUCCCUAAAACCUAGGCUUUAGAAAUAAUGUUCUGGGUGUGUUGUUAAAACACAAUAUACUGUUCGUUUACUUAUCAGCUUGGGAAUGCUGAUACCUAGUUUAUAAGAAAAAGAUGUGUUACUUUAUCAGAGGUGAUUAAAAGGAGUACCUUCACUGUA